AGAAAAGAUGGAAAGAUUGAACUCAAAGUUGUACUUGCAGAACUGCUACAUAAUGCAGGAAAACGAGAAACUAAGGAAGAAAGCUCAAAUCCUUAACCAAGAGAACCAGGUCCUUCUGACCGAGCUGAAACAGAGGCUAUCUAGGUCCAGCACCAGCACCAACAAUAAUGGACCAAAAUCAUCCAAUGCCGGUCCAAACGGUCUUCCAGACCUUAAUGCUUGAGGAAGAAGAAGCUUCUUUAGUUUUUGUGCAAAAAAAGAAGAAGGAAGUUUGAUAGGUCAAGUAGCAGCAGCAGAAUCCAAUUUAUAUGUAGGAUUUAAGGUUUGUAGCUAGCUUAGGUGUCCGUCUGUCUGUUUGUGUCUGUUUCAGCCAAAUAUAUUAAAUAGU